UCAUCGUUGUCAUCGCCGUCGUCGUCGUCGUCGUCGUCGCCGUCGUUGUUGUUUGAAAAGAAGAGAAGGAGAAAGAUAGCCGAGACCACGAGGACGGCGACGAGACGUCGUCCCUCCUCCUCCUCUUCCUUUUCCUCCUCCUCCUCCUCUUUUUCUUAUUUCUCGUACAUCGCCCUGUCGAGAUAAUAUCAACCGGACGAUAGACGACCGUCCUUCUUUAAUUCUUUUUCGUUGUCGUCGUCGUCGUCGUCAUCUCGACGACGGUCGGCGCUUGGCCGGCGCUUUUCGCCGCGUUACAAAUAGUUAUACCCCCUCCUCACUCUUCAUUCCGUUGCACCCCCGCAGUCCCGUUUUUGUCCGAAACCGUUCGCUCUCUUUCUCUCUCUCUCUCUUCCAUAAUCCUCCCUCAGGCCCCUCUAUUCCUCCUCUCACGGAGGAUAUCGCUGUCCUGAGCCAUGGCGUGCUGCCUGUCGGAAGAGGCGAAAGAGCAAAAGCGUAUUAACCAGGAAAUUGAGAGGCAACUGAGAAGGGACAAACGAGAUGCCAGGAGAGAACUCAAGCUUUUACUACUCGGUACUGGUGAAUCGGGCAAAUCCACGUUCAUCAAACAGAUGAGAAUUAUUCACGGUUCCGGUUAUUCGGACGAAGAUAAGAGAGGAUUUAUCAAGCUUGUCUACCAAAACAUAUUCAUGGCGAUGCAGUCGAUGAUCCGGGCGAUGGAACUACUCAAGAUCGAAUACGGAGAAUCAUCGAAUAUAGAAAAAGCGGAACUCGUGAGAGCAGUCGACUUUGAAACGGUCACGACAUUCGAAAGUCCAUACGUCGAAGCGAUCAAGGACUUGUGGAAUGACAGCGGAAUUCAAGAGUGUUAUGAUCGCAGACGAGAGUAUCAACUAACAGACUCUGCUAAGUAUUACCUAAUGGAGAUAGAUCGAGUUGCGGCGCCAUCAUAUCUCCCUACCGAACAAGACAUUCUUCGUGUGAGAGUACCUACUACCGGUAUAAUUGAGUAUCCUUUUGACUUGGAAGAGAUCCGAUUUAGGAUGGUAGAUGUAGGCGGACAGAGAUCGGAAAGAAGAAAAUGGAUUCAUUGUUUUGAGAACGUUACUUCCAUUAUAUUUUUAGUAGCUUUAAGUGAAUACGAUCAAAUUUUAUUCGAAUCGGAAAACGAGAAUCGAAUGGAAGAAAGUAAGGCGCUUUUCAAAACGAUUAUAACAUAUCCCUGGUUUCAACAUUCUUCCGUUAUUUUGUUCCUAAAUAAAAAAGAUCUACUGGAGGAGAAAAUAAUGUAUUCUCAUCUGGUGGAUUAUUUUCCUGAAUAUGAUGGCCCACAAAGAGAUGCCAUAGCUGCUAGAGAAUUUAUUCUAAGGAUGUUUGUCGAUCUAAAUCCAGAUAGUGAGAAGAUUAUUUAUUCUCACUUCACAUGUGCCACAGAUACGGAGAACAUCAGAUUUGUAUUUGCAGCGGUGAAGGAUACUAUCUUGCAAUCUAAUCUAAAGGAAUAUAAUCUGGUCUAGAUGAAAGGAUUUGGAUAUUGGUGUGAAGUCAACUAUUACUUUACCAUCUUAACCAAAGUAUUGCAGUGUAGACAUUGUUUAAAUGAUACAAAGAGGAAGAUAAAUCAUACGGAAGAUAGAUAGAAAGAAAGAGAGAGAAGAAAUAAACAAUAAUUAUUUUGUGGUACCAUCGAUAAAGCAUCCUAGUUCCAUCUCGUCAAGGAGAAGUACCAACUUUAGCUAAUAAAACUAUAUAAUAACGAUGGAACUACCAGCGAGACAAACAAAGACGGACCUAAAUCUGAGCGUUAUACGUUCUUUCCUAAAACCUUUUCACUGUCAAUAACCAACAAACUGAUUUAGUUUCGUACUCCAUUUGUUGAAUUUGUUACCUUUUUAUAGCUUAGUUUAGUCGAUCAUGCUGCGCUUACUGCGUUGUCAUCGUCUGAUUUUUAUAUAACGAGAUACACAAAUGAACGAGGAAGAUAGAGAAAACCGUAUCGUCUAAAGAGGAUCAAAAAACGCAGCCAUGCCCGCGUUAAUUCUGUCCAAGUGUUAAUCCUAAAAUACUAAGUUGGGAUUAUUUCCAAGGAAGGAGUAAUGAAGAGAGGAUGAACGAAGGUAAGGCAAAGGAGGAGGAGACAAAGACAAAGAGAAAAAGGAAAUUGAGAAGAAAGGAUGAACCGAAAAGAAGGUUUUUUUUUUUUUUAAAUAUCACGAUUAGAACACACAAGUGAGAAAGAAAGAAAAAAAAGAAAGAAGAUAAAGAGAUAGAACGCGAGAUUCCUAGUGCCAUUUAACUAGUGCGGUGUGUUUUUAUUGCAGAGUCCUUCGUUAGAUGCAAAAAGCCAAAGUGUUGUUUUUUUUUCUUUUUAAAAAACGAAAACUAAACAAAACGAAACAAAAAGUAUCUGUGCUGGAAACGACUAAGAGUUUUUUCUGCAUGUGACUCGAAUCCACUCACGAUUUUGAUCGAUAAAUAUUGUUACAUAUAAUAUAUUAAUAUAAAAAAAAAAUUACAAAAGAGAUAAAAAAGAGAUAAAUGAAACAUAGAGAAAUAGGUCGGCGGUGGAAGGAGGGAGAGGAGACCAUGGAUGAUAGAGAAAAGCAAGCAAGCGAAGAAGGAAGGAAGAAAGAAAGAAAGAAAGGAAGGAAGGAGAAAAGGAUAUAAAGAGAAGAAACGGAAGCUGGAAACGAAUGGAUUAAAUGAAAGAAGAAAUUAGAAGAAGAAAAAAAAGAACAAUAAGUACACGAUGAGAGUAACAAAAAUGAAUGAAGAAAAGUAAAGUAAAGGAAAGUUUAAGAAGAAACGAGUGAACUACUUUCCACCCCCCCUCCCUUUCGUAUUAAGGAACACACACACAUACACACACACAGAGAGACGGAGGAAA